AUGGUGAAGACACCCGAACAAGAACACCCCGUCGAGGCCUUUGGCUGGGCUGCUAGAGACACGACGGGGCAUCUCUCUCCAUUUAACUUCUCAAGAAGGGCAACUGGAGAUGAGGACGUGAGGUUUAAGGUGUUGUAUUGUGGAAUAUGUCAUACCGACCUUUCUAGCAUCAAGAAUGAAUGGGGUAUAUGUACAUACCCUAUAGUUCCAGGGCACGAGCUAGUGGGAGAAGUGACACAAGUGGGAAGCAAGGUGAAGAAAACAAAAGUGGGAGAUAGAGUGGGCGUGGGGGGUGUGGUUGGUGCAUGCCAUGACUGCGAUAACUGUAACAACGACCUUGAAAUUUACUGCCCCAAAAUGGUACUUACCUAUAGCUCCAUUUACCAUGAUGGAACAGUAACUUAUGGCGGCUAUUCAGACACAAUGGUGGCCAAUGAGCGCUACAUAGUUCAUUUUCCUGAUAGCAUGCCACUUGAUGGUGGUGCUCCUCUUCUUUGUGCUGGGAUCACAAUGUAUAGUCCCUUGAAAUAUUUUGGCUUAGCCGAGCCUGGGAAGCAUAUUGGCAUUGUGGGCCUUGGUGGGCUUGGUCAUGUUGGAGUGAAAUUUGCCAAGGCAUUUGGGGCAAAAGUCACUGUGAUUAGUACCUCCCCUAGCAAGAAAGAGGAAGCUUUGAAACAAUUUGGUGCUGAUUCAUUCUUGGUUAGCCGCGACCAGGACCAAAUGCAGGCUGCCAUGGGCACGUUUGAUGGCAUCAUUGACACAGUCUCUGCUGUGCAUGCAAUUUCACCCUUGAUUGACCUUUUGAAGUCUCAUGGGAAGCUUAUUAUGGUGGGUGCACCGGAUAAGCCACUUGAGUUACCCGUCUACCCUUUACUCAUGGGAAGGAAAUUGGUGGCCGGUAGUGCAGUUGGGGGUAUGAAGGAGACACAAGAGAUGAUUGAUUUUGCAGCAAAACACAACAUAACGGCAGAGAUUGAAGUUAUUUCAAUGGAUUACGUGAACACAGCAAUGAAACGUCUUGCUAAAAACGAUGUUAGAUACCGAUUUGUCAUUGACGUUGGAAACACUCUAGCUGCUACCAAGCCAUGA